AAUGCUGAAGUUGUUUUUAGAAGUGUGAGCAGACGACAUGUUGAAUAUCCGGCAUUAGCAUGGAUGAUUUACAGCCAUAUUUGAAAAUGAAGAUAUCUGCCCUGCACUCGGGAGCCACGAUGACGGUUCGGAGAAAGGGAAACAACAAAGAGUUUGAGGAUGAAUUGUUUACAAGGACUAGUUGGGUAAAUGCAGCUGAGGCUUAUAGACAAGUCAAAAAGGGAAAAGCGGACGGUAACAAAAAUGCUCUGUGGUUACGAUGUCACUUGCAAAAUUACUUGUUUGCCAUCGGCAGUUUCAUUGACUUACAUUGUGGAAAAGUUCUUUUUGUGGGAUUAUUGCUUCUCUCAUUGUGUUGUGUUGGUCUGAAAACGGCUAAAAUAGAAACCAACAUCGAGGAAUUAUGGGUUGAAGAGGGAGGUCGUUUAGAGGAGGAGUUGGAUUAUACACGGAAUACUGUAAACACAGGGAGUGGCAUUACUAGUGAACUUAUUAUACAAACCCCUAAAAUAAAGGGCAGUCAUUUAUUAGAUGUGCAAUCAAUGCAGCUCCAUUUAGAGACAUUACGAAAAGUCACACAGAUAGAAGUGGAUAUGUAUGAGCAAUCAUGGAACUUUAAAGAUUUGUGUUUUGUAGCUGAUUUUCCAGAAUUUGAAGACAUGUAUUUAAAUUCAAUUUUAAGCCAUAUAAAACCAUGUAUCAUUAUGACCCCAUUGGACUGUUUUUGGGAUGGUUCAAAACUUCUUGGACCAGAAAGGGAUUUCCUCCCAGGAUUGGGUAUUUCAUUAAUGAAAUGGACAAACUUAAACCCAGAACAGUUAAUAGAUAUGAUUAGAGAUGAAACUCCAUCUGCGUAUGUCGAAGCUAUUGAAGAAGUAAUGAAAAGGGCGGGAGUAACUACAGCGUAUCAAGAAAAGCCAUGUUUAGAUCCUUCAGAUUCAAAUUGUCCAGCUCUGGCACCAAACAAACAAUCAAGGGAGUUACCUGACAUUGGUGGUGCACUAACGGGUGGUUGCUAUGGUUUUGCCACCAAAUACAUGCAUUGGCAGGAAGACCUAAUUGUGGGAGGCAUUACCAGAAACAAAACAGGCCAUAUUGUCAGAGCGGAGGCCCUGCAGUCUAUUGUACAGCUUAUGGACGAUCAGCAGCUCUUCGAUUUCUUCAAGGUCACUAGUAAAACCAUCAGCAUUGACUGGACUCCAGACAAAGCUAAGGCCAUACUGGAAGCAUGGCAGAGGAAGUUUGCUCAGGUGGUCAAUGGAAUGGGCAAUUCUACGUCACCUGACCAGAUGUUAGGAUUCUCGACUACCUCACUUAUGGACAUCAUGAAAGAGUUCUCCAGCGUUAGCACCGUCAGAGUGUUGUUUGGCUAUGUUCUAAUGGUAUUUUAUGCAUGUAUUUCGUUGCUGCGGUGGAACAAUGGAGUUCAGUCUCAAAGUGGCAUUGGCGUCGCUGGUGUCCUCCUUGUGGCAUUAUCUGUGGCAGCCGGCCUGGGGAUAUGUUCUGUACUAGGGAUACCCUUCAACGCUUCUACAACACAGAUUAUUCCAUUCUUGGCUCUAGGACUCGGAGUUGAUGAUAUGUUUCUUAUUGCUCACACAUAUUAUGAAAAUGGCAACAAAAAAUCCAUACCCUAUUCAGACCAGACUGCAGAAUGUCUUAAGAGGACUGGUGUGUCUGUACUUUUGACCUCUGUCAAUAACAUGCUGGCUUUCUUCUCUGCCGCUAUCAUCCCAAUACCUGCUCUCAGAGCAUUCUCCCUUCAGGCUGGUAUUUUGAUUCUCUUCAACCUGGGAUCAGUGCUAUUGGUAUACCCAGCCAUCUGUAGCUGGGACCUGAAGCGGAAGGAAGACAAGCGUGUGGACAUCUUCUGUUGUAUUCAGAGUUAUGCUGAGAAUAACAACAACACAGUGAUAGAUCUGGCUCCCAGCCGUAACGAGUUUGAGAUGCGUGACCAGAGCCCUCCCCCCUGCUACGGUACCCCACCCCCUAGUUACAGUCCCAGCCCUCCUCCCAGUUACAAUGCAGUGGUCAAUGCCGGACCGGAUGGUGAUCAUGUGGUCACUUCUCUUGCCCCUGAGGGCUUGUUUGUGGCCAGACCAACCCCUCUUCCAUCAUUGUGCCCAUCCACGACCUCUUCGCGCCAAUGUUUGACCCCCGACGACAGAGUCAGCUGCGGGGAGCGUUUCGCUCAGGCCCAGAGGGAGUGUCUCAGUUUGAGCCUCACCAGCUUCGCCACACGAAGGGUGGGACCUUUUCUGAAGAAACCUCCCGUCAAGGUUUUCACCGUGUUAUCAUUUGUUAUUGUGUUGAUGGUCAGUAUCUAUGGCAUUACAAAGGUCAAGGAUGGCCUUGACUUAACAGACAUCGUUCCGAAGGGCACUAAUGAGUACAAGUUCCUAGAGGCACAAUCGGAUUACUUUGGCUUCUACAAUAUAUACCUAGUCACAAAGGGAGAUUUUGAUUAUCCUAACAACCAACCCUUACUACUGGAGUACCACAAGUCAUUCCAAAGUGUAGGAAAAAUUAUCAAGCGUGAAGAUGGCUCACUGCCAAACUUUUGGCUGAUUAUGUUCCGGCAGUGGCUGGAAGACUUGCAGACAGUAUUUGACCGUGAAUAUUCGGAGGGACGGUUGUACCGUGACGGAUGGUACACCAAUGCAUCAGACAGUGGUGUACUGGCAUAUAAACUGUUGAUCCAGACCGGAGACGUGGACACACCUUAUGACAAAAACCUGUUUCCCCACAACCGUAUGGUAGAAAAUGGAAUCAUUGCCCCAAAGGCCUUCUAUAGCUACCUGACCGCAUGGACAUCCAAUGACCCAAUGGCCUAUACUGCAUCCAUGGCUGACUUGCAUCCCCCUACCAAGGAUGAGCCGCAUGACUCCUACGAUUACGAACUCAAAAUAUCCAAGGCACAGCCUCUGAUUUAUGCCCAGAUACCAUUUUAUCUCACCAACCUGUCCGACACGGAGGACAUCCUACAUACAAUCAAGGCCAUCCGUGCAAUCUGCGACUCAUUCACCGAGCGAGGUUUACCAAACUAUCCAAGCGGAGUACCAUUCACGUUCUGGGAGCAGUACAUCAACCUACGCUUCUAUCUGAUGUUGUCCAUCCUGUGUAUUUUAGUUGUUACCUUUAUUGUGAUCACCGUUAUCCUUAUGAAUCCCUGGCUGGCCAGCAUUUUGGUUGUUGUUCUGACCAUGAUUGUGGUUGAGCUAUUUGGUGCAAUGGGUCUGACGGGUAUUAAACUGAGUGCCGUUCCUGCGGUGGUUCUCAUUGUCAGUGUUGGCAUCGGAGUGGAAUUUACCGUCCAUGUGGCAGUGGGUUUCCUAACGGCCAUUGGGUCACGAAACAAGCGCAUCAUGAUUUCCCUUCAGCACACCUUCGCCCCAGUCAUUCAUGGUGCCAUCUCAACACUUUUGGGAAUUGUCAUGCUCUUGAGUGCAGAAUUUGAAUUCAUUGUCAAGUAUUUCUUCAAUGUGCUCGCAGCUUUAGUUGUAAUUGGUCUCCUUAAUGGCUUGGUGUUGUUACCUGUGCUUCUGUCCCUCUUUGGACCUAAAGGAGAGGUUAGACCAAGAGGAGAGCACCCAGACAGACUAGAAACGCCAUCACCAGAACCGUCGCCAAAACCAAAGAAAAAGGUACCGGUACGGGCAACAAGAAGCAGUCGAAGGUUAUAUCCCAGAGUUGCAUCUGACAACUCUCUGACUACUAUCACAGAGGAACCAUCACAAUACUCCUCUCAUGAAAUCAUUGUCGAGCCAGAGGUCAUCGUGGAAACCACCCAUGUUCCAGUGGGUGCUAACUAUGACAGUAGCAACAACAGUAGUAGAAAUAGUACACCACCGGGGUCGACUGCCUCCACGCCGCUGGCAUCCCACAUUACACGGGUGAAGGCUACAGCAACUGUGAAGGUGGAGGUCCAUACGCCUAUUAUGCACGGAGGCACAGUUGAAAUGUCAGUAUCAAAUAAAAACCGCAAAAGCAAAAGACGGAAAUUAAAAGAAUUAGAAAGUUCAGAUUCAGAUUCCAGUAGUAGGUCCUAGCAGAAGGUACAGUUCUGUGUGGAUAAUUGGAAGGUGCUAAGGCCCUGUGUUAUAUAGACAAAUACCAGGCAUCGUGUGGGACGUCAUAUGAAUGUCCUUUCUUCAAUGCUGUGCCACAUUUCUCAGUAUUCUCUCAAACAAGGUUGUGUGUCUUCCAUUACCUGGAAGACUGUACCACUUAGUGCUAAACUGUGAUGUUCGAGAUUACUUGGUGGGUGGAUGUGCCGUCCAGGAGCCUUAUAACUGCAUCCUGGGUGUGGCACAUCCAUCCUCUAGGCAAAUCGCAGAGUGACUGGACACUCGUAUUACUGUUCAUAAUUAUUUACUUAAUAUAAAGGCAGCUGAACUUCAAAGCUAGAGGACAGCUAUGUUUGCUAAUGGCCAGUGUUAUCCUUCAGAUCAAUGCUAAAUAAAUCUCAGGUGUGUGAAACAAAACUUCGUUAGCAGGUGUGUAAAACAAAACUUCGUUAGCAGGUGUGCAUGCAGCAUGCAAGCUCAACUCAUCAACCUACCGUUGUUACGUGUUCAAAAACGACAUCAUGGAGAUAACUACCCAAGUUGUGUUACUAAAGACAAAAUCUUCGCAACCUGGAUUCACCUAGUUAUUGUUAAAACUUGUCAACGGAAACGGAGCCUGCAGUUGUGUGAAGCACAGACUUAAGCUAACCCCAUGAGUGGACCGCAUAUGUAUUAAACGGGUGUCAAGCUUAACUGGCUUGUGAUUGCUUUAUUAUGAAGGAUAAAAUGUGGAGUAUACAUUGUAACGUUAAUGUUACCAGGGAAAAAAGAGAGAAACACUCUUUCUUAAUUUAAUGUGUGAAGUAAGAUAAAGACUUUGAAGCUUUUUAUUCAGACAUGAGAUGGGAUAAUAGAUGACAAUGUCCGAUUUCUGUACUGGUCAUCUGGUCUGUCUUGUUUCUGCUUACUACGGGUACUGUAUAAUAAAUAUUAUGUGUUGAUUGUCCUUAUCAAAGUGUCAUUUUAAUACUAUGAAUCCUGUUGAUGUCGGGGGAGUUAAUCAUUAAUAAACAAAUGUAAAAUCAGGUCGGACUGUUCAAAGGUUUAUAACUUUUAAAAAAGACGUACUGUUGAAUCUUCGCGUUUGAUCUUGACAUUUUCCAUCUCCUUUUUUUUUUUUUUGGUCAUCAUUUGGAAUUCAGUGGCAAUAUGUCAUUUUUCUACCUUUGCUGUCUGCAGUAUUAUCAAAAUUAUUUUUUCAUUAAUGUCUUUAUAUUUAUUUAAAUAAAUUGACAUUAAUGAUAUUUUUUUUUUUUUUAAAUGUAUUUUUUUAAAGACUUUUGCAAUACAAUCUUUGAACAAUCUGGCUCCAGGUGUAAGAUAUUGACACCCAAUUUUUUUUAUGAAGUAAUUGAUGUAUUUUAUUUAUUUAUGAAUUUGAAAACAAAUGUUAUCAUUUGGCACUGUAGCAUAGCACAUACUCCUAUAAUCUUGAAAGUAUUACUUAAUCGUGCUGUGCUUCUGUGCCAAUACUGAUGCUGUUAUAAGAGAUGUAUAAUAGUCCUGUUACAUUGUAAGAUAGUCUGUAUGUAGUAACUAAGUUUAUUAUCAGAGGCGAGAUGUACAAACUUUAAUGUAUGAUGAUGUAAACAUUAUUUGAGGUGUAUAAAGUGCUGUUAUCAUAGGUCGAAUAGGGAUGCCAACAAGAGGAUACAAAGUAUUAUACACUGGGGUGUGGACGGCACAGAUUUGGGGUUUUAAUUAUCGGAGCUAUUUAGAUUGUCGAUUAUUAAGGGCAUUGAUGACCAUAAGGGAUGGAAAGCUGAUUUAUAAAAUUGGGCAUUAUUGUGUUUAUAUGUGAAGUAUUAUUAAUGGUACUAGAAAUCUGUUAUGAAUAUUUAAAACUUUGAAAUAUUUGGCAAGGUAUACGUAGUAGAAGCUAUAGCAUCGAUAUUAUUGCCUAUUCCAUCUUUGCAUAUUGCAGAGUUAUCUUCCCUUGUGAGCAGGUAUUGAUUGUUACGUCAUUCGCUUGUGAGA